AGCUCCUUCAGGAGAACGACCCGUAAAAAAAUUGCAACCCCCAUCAUCAUCUUCGUGUUUAUUUCACUCACAACCAACCCUUGAAGUUGAAUCCGCCAACAAGAAUCUUCAUCAAAAAUCAAACGGACACGGAACCGUUUCGUCUUUGCCUUGCACAAAAGCGAAGCAAGAAGCGGCGAUUUGAAUUUGUAGACCCCUCGUCUAUCAUCUCAUUGAUUCCACUAAAAGAGCAGCUGCCCACCAUACGACUAACGAUGUGGGCGGCACCAGCAGGGCGGAAAAAGUCUUUGUCGUGUGUUGAGGCGACACAACAGAGAAACCAGCACGAUCCGCGGCCCGUGUGCAGCUUGUCGUUGCGUCGGACACGGCAAUAUGGCGUUCUCAAACGUUACACUCUCAACUGUUGCAUGGACUUGUAAUGCAAGAACAGCAAAAGUGAAAGUUGCAACAUUGCAGCUUUCGCAUCACAGAUUGGCCACAGAUUAUCAUGCUGUUUAGCCUUUCGACAAUUUGUCAUGCUAAGCACCUUGAUUAAGUGGAGGCCUAUUGCAAUUUUGCAUGGCAAAUUCAUGUAACAGCUGAGAAUGUAACAGUUGAGAACGCCAUAGUCAACUCCUGCUCUUUGGAUCUACUUCGUGUUUUUCCCUGUUGGCGUGUCCUUGCGACGGAAAGAUUGCGAAGCCCGGCACCGUAUGGAUUGCAAAAAUGUCUGGGUCUGGAAGAAAGCACUUGUUUGUGAUGCAUAUUUGGAUCACGCAAAUGGUGUCUGAUGCAGGCAGAAGCAUCACAGGUUUUGAGCACGCCUCUUGAUGCCUGUCCCGCAUGAGAAACUUCCUACUUGCGUACCAAGAAAGGGGCAGCGUUUGCCGCUCACGCAACACAAAUUUUUGUGUGCUCCAGAGUUUGCAUCACAAGUUCCAAUUCUUCCAGACCCAAACACUUUUGCAUUUCAUACACCGCGCAGCCCGUGGUGGUGCUCGAACCCGGCGUCAAAGAACGGCGCGACACUGGUGGUAAGAACAAGGACCCGCCCGACCCUGCCGGGUCGAGUGUCCUCGCGCAAGAGACGACUGACAGUUCUCGUGCUGGUUCAUCCAGUGCUACUACUCCUGGAGGCGAGGACGACAGCACCUUGAAGCUGCUGCACCAGCAUCUUCAUGAUGCGCAAGGAGAUGACGACUCAUCGUCCGGUAUUUCUCGCUCUUUUCACACCCCCGCCCCCGGGGCGCGAGAGAUGACGCAGCAUGCGCAUCAUGCCACGGACAAAGAAACCGAACAUUUCCUGGCCCCUGUCCUCGAGAUGAACAAGGGGCAAAAUUCUCCUGCACAAGACGAAAGUGCUGGCAUCCGCGAUGUGCCACAAGAACCAUCGCCCGACGGGACCACAGGGCCGAAAACUGCUUCCUCCUCCGCGUUGGAAAAGCGCAAUUACGGCAGCUCGGGAGGUGCAGCUGGACCGACGACCGGGACCACAGGACUAGGACCUGCCCAUGGUGCGGCUGCAACAGCGAGGAACCAGGUGGGCCGCCAUGUGGGCGGACCUCCUGGCGUGCAGGAACGACAAGAUGAACCACGAGAAGGAAAUGAAGAUGGCGGCGCGUUGGCACAAGCACCGCUCCUUCUGAACGACGAUGAGAGUGGCUCAGGAACCAAGGAGAAGACCAACAGGCGCAGUUUCUCGAAAAACCCGCGUUCUGGAGGAUCCGCGUCGCCUGCGAUCACGGAUGAUGAAUUUUUGCCACGGGCCGAAGCAGAUGCAGAAGAGUUGCCGGUAGCUGCUGCUGCUCCGUCGCAUCAAAGCUCCUUCCAAGAGUCGUGCAAGGACUGCCUUCCACCACCGGGCGCGGGUGUGCAUACCCCUGUUCGGGACGUCGUGAAGAAGCCGAACCCGGAAGAAAGCCCGGGUGUCGUGCCGCCAGCACUGGCGACGCCAAAUCCGGCACUGCAACCGCGCACUGGGGCUGCCAUGCUACUGGCAUCACCACGAGCUCCUGCGUCUGCACCGCGACAAGAUCGAGCCACCGUGGGUCCGCCGCAGGGAAUUUUGGUGAUGGGAAGCAGCUACGCUCUUGAGAGAACGGGGCCCGGCGAUGUCGAAAUUCCAGAUCCGCCGCUCACACAGCAAGGCAAAGAGCAGGCGCGUUUGGCAGGCGAGAAGUUCGCACAAGUAUUGCAGGGACACCUAAAAAAGCCGGACGAACAAGUAUUGCAGGAACAAGGAGCAGAAGAUAUUAAUACUAAAAGGCUCAGCUUUACCACGGAGAGAAUGGUCUUUCUCUGCUCUCCCAUGUUGCGCGACAUGCAGACCCUGGACUCUUUCUUGCAAGGCGCAGCGCCUGAACUGUUUACGAAAGAUGGGAAAAUAGAUCUGAAGAACAAGUUUCCGGCCAUUCGUCUUGUUUCCGAAGCCCGGGCGAUAGCACCGCUUGGGUCUCGAAGUAUCGAAAACCAAGGCACGGCUCUUGGAAAGUGGAACGCGAACUUCAUGGGAAGUGUGAGCUUCUUGGCAAACUUUGAUCCGGAAAAAGGAAGGGGCGAAUACGCUCACUUUCUACCCCCACCAGGAAAAUCUACUCCUCUACUUUGGUCAGAGCCAGAAUUUGCAGCAAGUUUCGGCGACAAUUUCGGGGGCCCCGCCCUGUUCUUCAACUUCUUGCGGGACGUGUCGAAAAACGAAUUUGAAAUGAAUGAGCUCAGCGACCGCACCGUUAUGAUCGUCACUGACCCGAACACCAUAGACGCGCACGGAGGCGACUGGUUUCGGGGGAACGACUUUGGGUUCGUGCUCAAAUCAGCGGACGGGAGAGAUUUUCCUCAUCGGAAAUGGAAAGUGAAUAAUGGUGGUGACAACCAGCCCCUCGACUUGUUCAAAAUUACCAACCUGCAAGGCGAAGAAGGGCUCAAGUAUCCUACACCACCAGUUUGCCAGGCUUUAUGGGAGAUUGACUUCUCCGCAAGAAUUGAACCCCAACGAGCCGACCCUGCACGCGCUCAUCAGCCUCCACAGCCAAAAGGCGGCCCGAUGAAACGGGCCGCCGACAUCGAGACAGACGCCGCCACCGACGCCCGGUCGAAAGAAAAAAAGUAUGCCGACGCCCUGUGGAAUGCAAGAAUGCUCGACAGCCCCCACGGUGGACCCGGACCACCGCCAGGUGGCCACGAAGAUGUAGGGCGUGACGGCGGUGCGAUCCUCCGUGAUGUUGCGAUGGUCGACGGCAUGCACCACCCUGGCAUGCAAAGAGGACCAGGUGGGGGUGGCGGUGGGAUGGGCACAGCAGAUGAUGAUCUACACAGAGACGGCGCUGCUCUGGUAGGAGGCGCGGGCGGUGGCGACGUGCAACUACAACCAGAAGCAGGCGCGCCUGGCAUGCAAUUGUCAAAAGAGGAGGAACUACCAUCGGCACCGCCAGCCAACCGGGUAGCGCCUCUCAUUGUUUCUGAGGAAGUGAAGGAAAAGAAAAGUUCCGACGAUCCGACCGUGCCCGAAAGAUUUGGAGAAGAUGAAGACCUGGCGCUAGCCCUAACCAACCAGUUGAUGGAAUUUCUGAAGGUCGCCGAAAGGCAUGGCCUUGACCUCGUCGAUGCUUAUAGAGUAGUCGACGAAGACCGCUACUCCACUGGGGGUGACGGGUUUUCGUAUCCUACAUAUGUUGGAAACCCCGAUUUUGAGAAAUACGUAGACAAAAUAGUGGGCGCCGUUACAAGGACACUUCUGAGGGGAGAGCUAAUUGGCUUGACGAAGAGCAAGACCGAGAACCUGUCUGGUGAUCCCGCUGCUAUUGAGCCAAAAGAGAAAGUGGAGGAGCGGCGUAUGCGCAUCGACAAUUUCGGCGAGCUUGUCGUGAACAGAUUCCUCACAGUUUUGGAGGUGGUUUUGUUCGACAGUUCACUGGAUAACGUAGGACCUUCCAUCGGAAGGGGAUCAUUUUUGCCGGCUCGAAUUGCUGAUAUGUAGUGAGGCCACAUACGGUUUUAACCUGCGCUUUCUUGACAUGGCCUGCAGUUUUGUCUCGCAGUUUUUUACGAACCGACAGCGGUGCGCAAUUGAAAAAAUAAAAAACUCAAGCGCCUUAGCCUGCUUGCCUCUGCUGUCAACAAUUUUCGGCGGAGCGCUACCGGUAUCGAAAACCAAUUAGAAUCACAAAAAUGACAAAGGCGAGCCGGCGAAAGUGGCGCUCUGUUGAGGCGCUCGCCGCCUUAGAUUCUGGCCGCCUGAGUAGGUGCCCCGGCACGCACCCAAAGAAACCACACACAAAACAAACUCAGCCAACCAGCAUCAUGGUAUUGAUCCGGUUUUGAGCGGGUAUCUGAGGUGGUUGCGCAAGCUGCCGCCGCUCCGCCGGAUUUCGUGCAGGUGGCGGGCGUAUAUUUGUCCUUCUUGUCGCAAAAAAAGCAAAGUGCGCCGGAUCUUCGCUGCCAGUCCGCAUAGCACACUUGCGCCUGCUUAUCGCCACUUUGUUUUUGGGCGCACACCGGAGCACCGAGCGACCCGAACCGGGUCGCCCACGCCAUCAGGAUUGGCCUCCGGGGCGAAUUUUAGAGGUUUUCCAUGAUAAAUUGAGAUUUGCGCUGAUUCUAACUAUCUCACUUAGCAGCAGCCCCAAUAUUUAUGCGGUUUACUUUUAUUCACGGGGGCGUGGGCAGCCCGGGGGAACGGGGGCGCAGCAAAGGAACCACGAGUCCGGUUGCCGCUUCCGCAGGCCGCGUGGCCGUUUCCGGGUGGUGACUUUCGCGCCGAUGUCGAAGGCAAAAGAGAUACAGCGCAGAAACCGCAAGUCGCAUGCGACAGGACCGGGGGUUAGCCACUAUCCUGAGGUCAUGAUGUUUUGCGCCGCUUCGUCGGCCCCAGGCAAGAAAACGCCAAUGGCCUCACUACCUCCCCCCCGCCGGCUAUAUUUGCGUUUUCAAUACCGAAGAUGCCACCCGUGUCGGCCGACGUGAGUUCGCUCGAACAACUAGAGCAGGAGUAUUUGGACCAUCGCGCUACCUUCUCAUCGUCCUUCAUUGUGGAAUUAAUGUGCAAAUCAAAAUCAGCAAUGCGUACGUUGCUUGAUGAUGAAGUACGAGCUCUGGAUGAUGAGCAGCUACGCUUACUUGGCGGAGAUGAUCCUGAUCGUACGACACUGCUCGUUGGGCGGCUGAGGCGUAGUUUGAGUCUGUACGAAAGCCGAGAAGUUUGGAAAAAGCCGAAGAACGACAUGACGCCGGGAGUCGAGAGACUUGCUUUGUCGUUGGCCCGGUCCGGGGAGUUGCCCAGAGAGCAAAUAGUAGAAACGAGAAGCAGCAGCCAGAGCACCUUCUAUCUUACAAACGAGAAGCGGAAAUCAAGGCUAUUCGGCGAAAAUCCAUCCGGUCUUCUGCGAAAGUGGCUUCUACAACCACUGGCUUAUCGCUGGCAUUCGUACGCCAAGGUUGGCGUAUAUCCUCGCACGGAAUUGAUUUUCACGAGCGAAGAAGCGCGAGCGGUGGCGAAAAAAGUGUCUAUCAGGAUGAAAAGCACCCACCCGGCUUCAGAAACAGAAUGGGUGAGAAAUGCUUGCGUUAUAUAUAUAAAGAUUUAUAAUUUUCAUGCGUAAACGUACCGCUAAAGUAGCUAUCGGUGUAGCAAAUGAUAGUUUGUGCCUCUCCCCUCCACGCGAAGAUCUUUUCGCAUGUUCCGCUGAACAGAGUCUGAAGGUGGAGGAACAGGCGGAGGCGUGGAGGCACAGCCAUUUCUCAUGAUUGUGAUGUUAUGACUCAUUCUUCAUCAGUUGGGUCUAUUUGGACAUGUUUCGACCAGAAGUUGAAAGAUGAAACACGGCGACCUGCUUUUCCGGCUGCCAAGUUUAACUGCCUGCUCAUCUCAAGCAAGCCUCGUCCUGUGGGCCCAUCUUCUUCAACAGACAGUUUUUAACCACUGCGCUGCGUUUUUUAUCGUUAUGCGCAGAUCCCGGCGCCAUUGUGCCUGCAUGGCGGCCCAAUCCCCUUCUGCUUGCGCUUGUCCAACAGAAAGAUGGAGCGCCACGAAUCUGAAGUGUCGAUGCGCAUCCCCCGUGCUCGAUAUGGUCUUAGGACCUCACUCGAGAUCUCGCGUCGUUCGUCCAUCGCUUUCGACCACGCGUGUUGUAGGUACAGACCAAGAUACGGUCGUCGGUGUUUUAUUUGCCCCGUUUUCGAUUGGUUUCCCUAAUCAUCGGAAUCAAAGGAAGCCGCUUCCUUCGAUUGCGAUGGAUUAGCCGUCGCCGUUGCCCGUCGAAAAGGCUCUCGCAAGUUGCUUACAAAGGACCCCGAGCGCCGCUUUUAUUUUCGCCUUCGUCUGAAAGGAGUAUCUCUAUUGUGUUCAUGUUGUAAUGCAUUGAGGUGCCGGGCAUCGCCGAAUCCAUCCAACCGCAGCGCCUAGUAGCGCAGAGCCGAGCACAGUUGUUCGUGUUCCUCCACUCCCCCACCUUUCGGUAGGUGGAGAAAGCUGAGCCAUAACAGGUGGCUGUGCUGACUCGCAGGAGCCCCUUGGGUGAAAGUCGAGGGCGUCCCGUCUAGUACUUUUCUGGGCGCGUGCUCUCUCUGUCCCUGACAUGCCUGCGUGCGAGCGAAACACACUAACGCACCUCCUGACUGCUGGGCGCGCUUAUCUGCUUCGGGGAUCGCCUUGUUUUGUGUUUCCUUCGCUCACGUUCUACUUGCCGUACAUACUAGCCCUGGGUCACUGGUGGCUUGCGUGUUUCUUCUAGAAGGUUGCCGCGGCUCACUCCGUGCUCAAAUAAGCCGGUCGACCUCGACCUCGACACGGUCCGUGCUCAACCAGCUCGGUCAAUUAAUUACUGGGCGACAACUGGCCUGGUCUUGGCCCUGCUCACCGGAGGGAUUUGUAUUUUCCAAGAGUUGCUUGACUUGUAGUUGGGGACGGGAUAAUAGAAAUCGCUGAAAAUAUAUCUUCGCUUUAUUUUUUUUUUUCGGGCCCCUCCCUCUAUUUUCAAACUUUCAACGCUUGUGUGACGGCGGGAACGGCGCCACAAAAAUAUAUGCAUGACCGCGACAAGCAUUUCUAAUUCUGUGGCUUCUUCCAGUUAGGGAUUUUCUUCUACCUGAUACAAUUUCACUCUUUUUCGCACUUCGUGUUUGGAUUCGACGGCCCCGUGUUCGAGGACUUGAAGGGAGUUGACGUGACUUCAUCUUGCCGCUCCACCGAGAAUAUGCGUAUCGACCCGGCUCAAUCAUCUCAAAGUCAAAUGCGCAUCCACCUGGACUGGUCAUCCGUAUUCGUUGACAGCACUGGAGACUGGAUCAGCAUUGGAAAAAAGGCAUCCGAAGACGAUGCAGACUACCAACAAGAUUAUGCUUACAAAAAUGAUGUGUUUGAGUGUUGGAAGCACGCAAUCUUCCGCGAGCCCCCUAAAAAGCUGGAGAAGUCGCGAGGCGCAUGUCCUGGUGGUGCUGGAUGUCAAUGGGCCGCCAGAGAAGGUUCACAUGAUGGCCAUGGAUCGCCAGAAGAAACGAUUGAGAUGGGCAGGCCCGUCCACCUCGUCGCGCUCCAGAAUGUGAAUGCGCCAGUCGCUGCAAGUCAAGAACAUGUCGAUGUAGCACAACUACAACCACCAGUGGAAAGUCUACCGAAAACUGUACCUGUAGCUCGUGCUGAACCUUCUGAAACGCAAACGCCCGCCCGCGGCGCAGCUUAUGUUACUGUUACACGGCCAGAGCUAGAAGAAAUGAACAAGAGACGCGCGAUGCGGGAACAUGGUACAGACCUGAAGUGGACCGAGGACAAGGCCUUGUUGAAGUCGAUGGUAGACACAGUCGAAAUGCACAUGAAAUCGUUUUUGACGUCUCGUCUGGGAGCAAACCCUUGGGCUAAGCCUGCGGAGGCAGUUGGUAUGGAGUCCCUAACAAGCGAUCUUCACGAUCGAGGUGAACUCCUUCCUCUCAUUGGUCAUCCAGACUUCGAGGAAGCUGUAGACAAAACACUGGGCGAGGUGGUGGAACCUCUCGUAGAAUCUGAGCUACAGCUCAUAUUUUCGGUGACUACUGAUCUCACCUAUGCAGCACUCACUGGCAUGCUCGACGGAAUGGGUCAGAGACUAGUAUCUCGGUUUGUAAGGGUUUUGGAGCCCGUGUUUUUCUUUCGAGUGCCGAGCGACCAGGAUGGGGAUGCUCGGAUGCACACGCCAGAUGGUGGUACCUUGUACGGCUUGGAAAGGAUGCUUUUUUCGGUCUGUUACAUGGUGGAGCUAAUGUGUAAACUAAAAUCGGCACUAAUCGCCCACGCACUUCGUUUACCCGAGCGCGACCCCGGGGGCAGACGUGCUUUUGAUUACUUUGCGGCCGUUUUGGAAAAUGAGCUAAGUUUUUUGAAAAACCGAAAUGAUUGGACGGAACCCAAAAUUCCCGGGCCGGACGGCUUGCCUCGCGAUGAGUUGGGGCCGCUGCGGGAUAUGCAUUGCAAAAGUAUCGUAUUCAAUACGAAUCGUAUAAUUUUUUAUCUUAAUACGCUUUUUUUUUCAAAAGAAGAAAUGUAAUAAUUGUAAUUUUCGUUUCCCCUAGAUCUAGAAGUAGGCUAGUAUUACAGAUCUGUCGACAUGCAUUUGUGCGACUAGUACGAGCACGAUACUUUUGCAGAGGAUACAGGGCGAGGCGGGCCGCCAACUUGUAGUCGUACCCAAUACCGACGAGGGCACUCCUCUUUGGUUUGCUCGCAACCCCACCGUAUUUCUUCAUAAGAUGCUUAUGGAACCGCGAGGCGAAGGCAAGACGCUUACUGAGAACGCAGAGACACGCAAACUGGUCCGUCACUUUUUUUUUGCGUUCUCGAUGUUUGUCUGUGGAGACGAAACUGCCACUCUCAGUGGAACGCCAUCGCAGGAAAUAUUUCCUGGCCUAUCCUUCACACUCGACAGAACAAUCUUCAAUUUCGAUCUCAGAAGAACCUACAACUUGUCCCCACCAGGAGACCAAGGAAGAGAGCUUUGGAUAAACGCGGUCUUCGUCUUUCCUGGUCCUUCAGAAUUGGCGCCUUUACAGGAAAAAGUUCUGCGCCACUUCCAGAACGAAUUUCUGCAGCAUCUGACCGGCGCACAAUUGGUAGAGAAAUUCGCUACACGGAAGCACGAGGCAUCAGGGGAACCAUCGGAGAUGGCGGAAUUUCUCGGGCAGGAACAGUUCUUCGAAUUAUCACUUGCAAAUGCCUCCCGGUCUAUCGAGAAUCAUCUCCAAAGAAAAGUGCUAAAUACUGUCUUGUUUUGAAGGUUUUGCAUAGAUUGUUUAUCGCCAUAGAGGAGGAUGCCACACCCACGCAGCUAGUGGCACGCAUGUUGACAACCAGCAGAAUAUCCUAAGUAAGAACCACGUACCCACAUCACCAUCGAGAGUCUGCUAGACAAGAAGGAAAUCGAGAUGCUACGCGGACUUCGCGUUUACGAACUGAGGUCGACAAUUACUAGUUGCGUUGCCGGUCGUCCUCUGCGGCCAGUUCUUCUGAGGACGUUCGUGCGCGCCGUGCAGUGGACCCCAUGGACACCGGACUUUAGCUUGCUCUGUAGCGCAGUCUCUUCAGAAUGAUCAAAAUGGGAGGUUGGGUACGUUUUUUCAUAGGAUACACAACUAUUUGAGUUCUUGUGCUUUUCAGUACAGAUUUCAUCUGUGCCCAGUCUAAAAAUGGAUUCGAAUAAAAAAGCCUGGUCUAAAAAAAAUAAUGAUUACAAUAAUCUUAAUUCGACAUGCAAGAUACUUGCAAUCGCGUGGCCUUUGUUGCUCACAUAUAGAAGAGAAAGUAUAAACGAAGUGCAUGUCCUCGUGUUGAAGAUGUGUCAUUGUUUCUGAUCCUGGGAUACCAUACUGCAAGGGCAGUCUUUAUUGUGCUGCUGCUCGAAGUGCUGACAUUUGACUUUUUCAGACCCAGGAGGCAUAUUUGUACAGCAUAGACGCAGAGGGUAAACGAAUUCAUGAGUAACGAACUGGUACCAGCACUUGUGGAAGCUGAGUUGGAUCGCUUCAGUCGUGUUACGUAUGCAAUGCCAAAGUAUUGCUUGCAUGUACGAGAUGCCAUGCACGCAAGCCUCUCCAAGGCCAGAUAUGCUGAUCAAAACAGUGAGGUAGUAGCAAGGAAGAAGCGAGAGGAAAGGUUCGUCUUGCAGUGGUGCAGCCUUAUCCUUCGUACAUCUGUGAUACUUUUGCACAGAAUAUCCUGCCUGAAUACGCCAUGGCCACGGGACUGACCGAUGGAUUCGCGAAGAGGGUGGUGGAUCGCCUCGUCGCUGUUUUGGAGCCUAUUUUUUUGACAAAAUUGCCGCGACUUGUUGCCAAGGGCAUCCUAGUACGUGACGCAAGUGACCACGCGCGAGAUGUUGAUCCGCAAGAUGGUGAUCAUCCUGUAUCAUUCUGCAAAUUUGUCUGAGUCCUGCGAAGGAUUACUUAGGAACACGCACGGUGCUGACAGCAUUUUAGAUGAAAGAAGCGCGCCUAAAAAGAAGUCGUCUUGCAACAUGAUAGCGGCAGCAUUAUGCUGCCGCUAUCAUGUUGUUAUAUGCCAUAUAAAUUUAAAUUGGAAAUGAGUUGUAGCCAUAUACUUCUAGAGGCGAACUCGGCCGCGGCUAUGUAUAUUUUUUUUUAUGGAUGCUAGUAGUCUAGGCAGGUACAGUUUCCGCGACACUCACAAAGAGGCUUCGAAGAAGCUGCUCUGAUGCUUGUGCAGGCACAAACCACGACGCGCAUUUAUUUUUCGCAUGCCACUUUAGUAGUAUGCUAUGCAGCACGCAUUUUUGCAUGAUUAUCAUCAUCGAAAUAUCAAAAAAAAUAGAGUUUCGCACACAAAGCUCUGCCACUUUCCACAGCUACUGUGAGAUUAUGAAGAUCAACGUUUUUUGUAUUCCCGGCAUUAUCUUCAUUAAGCCUUUUUCGUAUUCCAAGGUAGACCUCCGAGACGUUGACAAAUUUUCAGUGCACAGCUCGUAGAAAACCUGGGAAGCCGCAUAUCAAUUGCAAAUAUCUCCGCGGAUUUUGCUUUUGGAUGAGUGCUAUUUCCAUUACAUAUUUGUGGUGCAGUGUUUGGAUCUGCACCUACAGCAGAGCAUGAAACGCACGCGACUGUAACAGGUUCUGCGGAGACUUUUCCACGUUUGGGCAAGAGGGGAAAUGCCCUCUCCGGGCGACAGAAAGCGCGCAUACCCAUGGCGACUUCUGAGCAAGACUGAUUUUCAUUUUUCUCUAUUCCAAAUGAUAAGCAUCAUCCAAAGUAAAUAACCCACAAUUGCAUAUUUGCAAUGCAUAUGGAUCUUUGGCACGGACGGGCGCGACUCAUAUGCUGCCGCGAGUAGUAUCUACUGCAAGUUGUAUGUCUGGGACUGGAUCUGCAUUGGCUGCAUGAUUUAGAGUGAUUAUCAAUCUUUCAUCGCAGGGCUUUGGUUGUAGAUUUUGUUUUAAGCUGCAUGUUCUGGCGCAAUAUCAGAGACUUUUCCUGGUUCGUAGAUGACAAAAACAAAAAGUGCGACUUAUCGUCAUGCGAAACAAAUACACAGCAUACAGCUCCCAAUAAAGCUGUCACACUUGAACUUGUCUGCGAAUGGUAAUCUGUACGUCAUCAACAUCAUGAUCAUCCGCACAUUAGCAUGACACUUUUUAAGCCCAGACGUAUUUGCACAGGAUACAGCUACACCAAAGUAACACCAACAGAAACAAAAGCAAUUGCCGAUAACGCCAUGUUCUAUGUGAGCUUUCUUGUGCAAUUGAUGUGCAAACUAAAAUCAGCAAUGCUUGCCUACUUGUUUCCUCCAGACGAGCAGAAGCCCACAGUCGUCUUCAGGCGAAGCUCGAAGCUCAAAAGCUCCGCAGCGGAGGCAGCACGCCAGCUGAUUAAAGACGACAUCGAGUCUUUGGCAGUUCGAGGUGCGGACUUGAGGCCAGAUCUUGCUGGCACUGCCCUGGACGGAAGUGGGAGUGGCGACUCUGGAAUUAAGUUUGCGAAGCGUCCCACGUUACUUCUAAACAGGCUCCUCUUUACCACGCUGGUAAAGAGGCAGCUCCUGGUCCAACGUCACCCACUUCUUGCCGACCGUGAAAUUAGCAUGUUCGCAAACGAGAAAUCACAGGAAAAAGCGGAAGAUCUCUUUCGUGCGUUUUCGCGGUUUGUGUGUGGAGACGAAACUGCAACUGUCGCCGGUUCCAGCAGAACGCUCCUAACCGACGAGGAAGAAUACCCAGCUCUCUUCUUUCAACUUGACAAAACGAUAUUCCGAUUCGUGGGCGAGGACUGGAAGAACAUAAACUUAAACUUAGAAUACGAAGAGUCACAAACGGCAGAGCCGUCAAAGGGACCAGAAGGAGAAAAACUUUGGAGGGAGCUGAUAUUCGGAACAAGGAGCCUUAAAAAGUGGGUCACUCAACUAAUCGAAGAUGCAAAAACGGCAACACCAACAGAAGAACCAACUGCCGAAGGCCGCUCCAGGUGGUUCGGUUGUGGCGCCGGUAGUUUUGUGCAGCUUGGGGAGUGGCUCAGCAACCAGCGUUAUCGACUUGGAAACAUGCCGCGCGACCCCGCAAUGCAACAUGUACACGUAAGCAUGAGCUGAUUUUUGUUUUAUUUCCAAAACAAAAACAAAAUCAAAAACGAAUGACAGGGUAAAUAAUACUUGUUGCUAAGCAAAAGACAAAACAAAAACAAAAAGUCGGUAUGUGUCCCCACCUUCAUUAGGCCAGGUGGCCCAAAAAGCAUGCGUGUCGCCUUGCAUUUUUAAAGUUCAAAGUAAAUUCAAACUACUCGACCACUAGUUCUUUGUGCCGAGGUGAGCAUUUCCAUUUCAUUCUCAUCCUCGUUAUGCGCAUCCAUUGUACGUAGCGCAAGCGGGGAGCGACAUUAUGUUGCUACCGGACGAUGACAGCGUACUUAAAAAAAUAACUAAUUUGAAUAAGCCUUAAAAUUAAAAAUCGUUAAUCAGACACCGCGUGAGUGUGUGUGUGUGUGUGAGCACGACAUCAUGCAUAUUUUGGUUGCGAAAAGUUUCGGCUUAACGCUUACCUCCGUGCUCGCCACGUUACCUCACCAUUACGCAGUACAUUGUACUGCUACAAUAAUCGAAUUCGCAAGUAGCGUCCUUUGUGCAAGAAUUCUGAAACCGAAACGGAAGUAACCACAUAUCAUCGUCAGUGUUUGAGCUUUAUCGCAGAAUUAUGUAGUGCUUUACGUGUUGCGGUUGCCCAAGGGAUGCGGAGAAAGGUUUUCAGUACGAUAAGCCCAGCACAGAAUGGCUGUUGCCAUUUAUCCAUGUGUCCCACUCUUCGUCUUCUCCAGCGGCCGCCUCCGGUAUAUGA